ACAACUUGUAACCAUGUCUAUUAUUCGAUACCCUGGAAUUUGCACAAGUGACAUGUAGCGGAGAUGAGGAACGCUGAAGCGACUGAGUCUUCUUCAAAUCUUUCGACAGAAGAAAUUUGACAAUGUCAGCGCUGUGUAUAUAAGCAUGGGCCAUGACGAGAUGGGAGCUUUCUGUGCCCUUCCAGCACAUGUUUCAUAGAUGUUAUUUGUCACGUCGUCGAAGGUAUUGUGAAGGACCGGUACUAGGAUAUAAUCCAGUGCAAGGGGAAGAGGUCAAGAUGAAUCCGUCGAAGGUUCUAUAUGUACACUACGAAGCAUCAGAGGUUACCUAGACCUCGUUACACCUUUUGUACUGGCUCGAAAGUUCGUUAUGACGGAGAACAAUCGGGCCCCGGGCCACUGCUGUCAUACGACAUUACUCUGAAUCUCCAGCGAAAAUUAAAGACGGAGAUGUGCACUUAAAGUUUUCCUUAGAUCAAGAGCUACGAGGACAGUCAAGAAGGGAAAAUGAUCCAGACCGGACAUCCCUACCUAGCCGAGUUCUUUGGACCACCGUACACAAGCCUUUGCGUGCGAAUCCUCUCUCCAUCAGAAUGCUUCACAACUUGUUCUCUCCCUUCGGCUUUGUCGAAAAGAUCAUAAUCUUCGAAACUGUGAUUGGACCUCAAUCUGUUUUGCAGUUUGCAGCAGAGGAGAGUGCAGUUCAAGCGAGGAACUCUCUCCAUGGACGUGACAUCUAUGAUGGCUGCUGCACUCUAGACAUAAAAUAUUCCGACUUUCAAGAAUUGAAUGUUGGUGUUAAUAGCGAUCGAAUGUGGGACUUCACAGUCAAAUUCGUCCAUCCUAACAACCAACUUUCUAUGAAGCGACGACCUGCGAUUCAUAUGUAUAGAUCUAUGCCAACUAACGAUAUCGUGUCGUCGACUUUUCCCGGUGACGAUGGAGCUGAAUCGACUGGAUCACACGACGUGCAAAGUGUUUUUGACCCGCAUGAGAGGAGCACGCUUCUGGUUUGCAAACUCCACAGGGUGAAUAUGGAUGCAGACAGGCUCUUCAACCUCUUCUCGAACUACGGACAUGUCGUGCGGAUCAAAGUCAUGGAUGCGAAACCUGAUCAAGCACUGAUUCAAAUGGAAAAUGGUAGUAGUCAAGCACAGAUGGCACUAGAAUAUCUUCAUGGUGUGAUGCUGUUUGGUAGGUGUAUCCAGAUCCUAUAUUCCAAACACAUUUAUGUCGCGCCUUCACAAGUCCGUGAGUUCAGCAAUAGUUCGAACGCGAGUGGAAUUCACCGCUUUUUCUCACCCCACUUCAACUACCGUCAUUGUUGUGCUCCCACGUCCAUGCUUCAUGUUGGUCGAAUAGCCUCAGAUGUCGAUUUGGACGACUUCCUAACUCAUCUUGCAAAUCAUGGUACCAUCAUCAAAUCAAGGCUGUUUGAGUUCAACGGUAAGCGUCAGGCUCCCGUUUUAUUUGAAUCGGUGCAGGAGUGCACAGAGGCUCUCGUUUGCAAACAGCAAGCGUGUUAAAAGGAAAGGCCAUUUGUCUAUCCCUUUCUAAGCAGGCCAGUUUGUAGAAGAUAGAGACUACUGUAAUUGUACAAGUCUGCAGCUGAAGGUGAGCAUUCUUUGUGAAUGACCUAUCGAGCAAAAUGUCUAUUAUGGUGUUCGUGUAUAUUUGAGUGCCAUCAUCAUCAUUUCAAAGCGUAGUCUUGAAACUCUC